AUGGGCUCUGUCGCGGCUAUAAGCCAGCGUAUCACCAAGCAGUGCGGUCACUUUGCCCGGACCGAAGCCGCUCGUACGGAGCAGCACGAGAGCCCCUUUACUCCCCUCCUAGCCUACAUGGACGAGGCGAAUAUCCAGCGCCAUGUCGAGCCCUGGCAGCGGAUCCUGGCCCAGGCGGAGGUACCACCAGGCGAAUCAUCUACGACCGCUCGGAGCCAGGGUUCCCCAUCCCAUCCCGACUCGCAGUCGUACGACGCCUUCUCUGUAAGCCCGAUCCAGAUCGCCUGUAUGGACUUUUGUAUUAAACUCCUCAACCAACGGAUCGGCGUAUCGGAGUAUGAGAGCGCCUUUGUCUGUGCCUUAGCUGUCCUCGGCCGCACUUCGUACGGCUGGAUGGAUACCGACAGUUACCCCCCGAUCCUGUUAAAGAUCCUUAAGAUUGCCCGCUUUAUCGUCCUCCACAAGGCGGUCCGACUUAAUCCGUACGUGGACGAGCUGAUUGCCUCCUUCCGGGGCCAUUCUAGUAAGCUGGUUCUAUCUGCCGAGACCCCGUUUGAUGAGCCUGGCUAUCUCCUCUCUGGGUACGAUAAUCUUUCUCGUACGAUAAGCCCACAGACCCCCUCGCUAUACGGGGAGAGCGACUCAGAAGUCGAGCAGGACCAGGCGGCGCCUCUCCAGUUCACCCAGGAACAGCACCAGCGGCCACGGCGGUUCACCCAAUGGCUCCAUCUGAUGGUCACACGGUUUAUGCCUGGGUUUAUUACCUGGACUGGCGAGGACCGGAUUCUCUAUAAGGAUCUCCACUUCACCAUGCGGGACUUUCGUGCGUUUAUCCAUGGCCUGACCCACGCCCUCCAACAGAUCCUAUACGAGGAGCUACUGGUCUGCGGGGCCGAGGCCCUUCCCCCUAUCCCAUGGGAUGAUUUGAUGGACGAUCCCGCAUAA